UAGUCAGGUAAAGUGGGAAAAAAUGACGGUGUACAGGUGAGCUCUUUCAGCAGGUACUGGGGACAGUCGUUACCAAGCCUCGUACAGGUGUAGCUGUAGCCGCUGCCCAGCCUGAUGUUAAUUAAGCACCGUCUCGCGUCUCCCUCGAGGAGCACACGGAACCUCACCUCUCUUAUAAAGGUUUUCUACAUGCUGUGAUUUCGUUUUGAAAAUGCUGUUGAAGGACUGCGUCCAAAAUUUAAUAGCACUCAAUGUGACAUCCGUCACCACCUGCUGUUCAAUUCUGGAUGUAUUUUUUUUCAAUCGCAUUUACAAAAAAAAAAUCGUGAUGUAUAGAAGAGUUUUAUAAGAGCUUACUACACUGGAUAAUAGCAAGUGAAGAGAACAAGUGCAGAUGAGUGAGAAACCCACCAACACAUACAAAUGGCAGACCUUCUCAAUUCCAGAGAGCGACGCUGGCGGAGAACGAGGUCCACACCCUCAAGGAGCAGCUGGAGACCGUCAAGUGUCAGAAGGCCUUCAAGGAGAGCAACAACAACAACAACAAUAACAACAACAACAUCAACAGCACCAACUCCAACAACACCAUCAACAACAACAACAACAACAACAACAACAGUAGUAGUACCGCCACCUCCACCUCCUCCUCCACCACCACAACCACCACCACUACCACGGAGGCUGGCAGUGACCUGGUGGAUUCCUCAGAGGUCUCUGAUAGACCAGAGAGAACUGGCAGGAACACGCCUAUUGAGGAGAUAAUACAAUCAAAAGAAAAAGAGGUACGUGGAGCUUCAUCCUCGAGCUCUACCUCAUCUCUAAGACUUUUGGAAGCCGCAGAAGUGUCAAAGCUGGUGGAAGACAUCUCCCGACUGCAGGCAGCUCUCUCCGGGGUGAAGGAAGCCACUGCAGCGCAGAUGCAUGCCAUGGAGGAACAACUCGAGCAGAAGAACAGACUUAUCCAGCGCCUCGAGUUCAAACUAGAGCACUCCAGCCUUGAGGAAGCCAAGCGUGACCUUCAGUUCCUGCCCAAAGAUGUCUCCAUUAGAUGGGCCUGGAACAUACGAGAAGGGAGACUAGGUCCAGAGGGCCUCUCCCUGGCACCCAGGUCCCUGGAAAACCUGCUGGUGGACAGAGCGAAGAGCGAACACGAUCUCAAACUUCCCACUUCGGAGUUCGGUAAGCAGUUUCACGAUGUCUACGGACCGCUGCCUCCCAUGGGCCACGCCCACCUGCACCCUCCACUGAGGCCCCACCUGCCACCUCCACUCGCACCUCCCCCAUUGGCCUCCCCUUUGCAACCCCUGGCACCGCAUCCCCCACCAGGCACACCGCUACACCAUCUGCUGGGGGAAGAGUGGCGCCGAUCCUUGGAGAGACACCAUCUCAGCUCAGGCCAGAUGUCCCCAGACAGCGGCGGUGUCCCAAUGGAGCGCUCGGACUCCCGGGACUCUCCUUUAGGAGACAUCAACAUGAAGAGUCCUUCCUCCCUCGCCAACGGCUUCCCUCACGAAACCAAAAGCCCCUUUCAGUCCAGGGACGACCGUUCGCCCUUCAAGGAAGAGAUCCCUUCGCUGGCCUUCAAGUUCGAGGAUCGUAUUACUGGAGAGUCGCUCAUUCCCAAGGGCGACCCAAUGGAAGCCAGACUGCAGGAGAUACUUAGAUUCAACAUGGAGAAGUUCUGUCAACAGAAUCUAGACACACUCACCCUGGCUAGGCGGGUUAGAGAGCUGCUCUCCAUCCACAACAUUGGCCAGAGGCUUUUCGCGAAAUACGUUCUCGGACUCUCACAGGGUACUGUGUCGGAGCUGCUGUCUAAGCCCAAGUGUUGGGACAAGCUGACGGAGAAGGGGCGAGACUCGUACCGUAAGAUGCACGCCUGGGCCACCGAUGACAACGCUGUCUUCCUCCUCAAGUCACUCAUCCCCAAGAAAGCUUGCCGUAGGAAACCCGAGUCAAGCCUGAUGCCUAAUGGUCUCUUAACAGGAUCGAAGGAGGCCGCGGGUGGCUUCCGCGGUCCAGAUGACACUGUAACAGAAGAGAGGAUUCAGCACAUCCUUAGCGAGGCUUCCAGAGCCAUGACCUCGACCUCUGUGCCCAGCCAGCCAGGUCAACAAGACCAGGACUCCAGGAGCACAGACUCCAAAUCUCCAGCAAGUUCAACACACUCCCCCAGCAGCCCAUUGUCAAGAGACAGUCGGCCGCGAAUCAGAAAGUUCGACAACGACGACAUGCCACAGGAAAAGGUGGCCAGAAUUUACCAGGAGGAACUCGUCAAAUUGAUGUCGCGACCCCACGAGCCUCCGCUGCCCCUGCCCCGGGAUCCUCAGUACCCGGGGAUCCUCUUCCCCUUCCUGAGCCAGUCACUGCUCUUCAACAGAUCCCCCGAGGAGGUGAAGAUGGCUCUUGAUGCCUAUCACCAGGAGCUGAGCAAGCUGCAAGGCACCGCUACUGGCAUGGGUCUAGGAGCUGCUGGUCUAGGAAUGGGCGGAGCUGGCGGCUUGGGAGUGGGCGUGGGAGGCUCACUAGGCAUGGGUGUGGGCCUAGGAGCUGCAGGACUACACAAUGGGGCACAGGACCUCUCCUUGCCCAAGAGGGAACCCCAGAGAAACAUGGAGGAAGAGGACGAGGGGCGAAACAUGAGUGUUGCCUCACCUUUCGGACCGAGCAGAUCAAAAGCUGACACAUGUCAUAGCACGGCCACGCCUCUCAGCAACUUAGUAACCCCCAUCACCUCAAUCGCAGUGAGCACCUCCGGGGAGGACCUCAACGUGUCCGCCUCGCCCCUCCAGCGGAUGGCCUCUAUCACCAACUCCCUCAUGACGGGUCCAGCCAUCUCCUCCAACAACCCCGUCCCUCAGAAGCCCCUGAAGGCGGUGCUGCCGCCCAUCACCCAGCAGCAGUUUGACCAGUACAGCAGCAUGAACACCGAGGAGAUCGUUAAAAAGGUGAAGGAACAGCUGAGUCAGUACAGCAUCUCACAGCGGCUGUUCGGGGAGUCGGUGCUGGGGCUGUCGCAAGGCUCCGUGUCCGACCUGCUAGCCAGGCCUAAACCCUGGCACAUGCUCACGCAAAAGGGUCGUGAGCCGUUCAUCAGAAUGAAGAUCUUCUUGGAAGACGACAAUGCCGUUCAUAAGUUGGUCGCCUCCCAGUACAAGAUUGCCCCGGAGAAGCUGAUGCGUACUGGAGGAUACACCGCCCCACCCCUGUAUUUAGUCGGUGGAUGUCCACUUCCUGGGGGGCUAGGAGCCCCUGGGUCGAGACUUCCUGGGGGUUUGUCCACUACUGGCUCACCUACCCUUCCGCCAUACACAAGCAGCAGCAAGCCGCAGCAUCACCUCAAACUUCCGCCGGACCUUCCCAAGAGCAUGGAGUCACCUCUUCCGCCCGUGGGAAUACCCCCGUCUCUCGGCGGCCUUCCCCUACCCUCCCAUCACAUGUCCUUCGACGCCAGGAUGCCGCUCCUUGACCCACUCAGGAAGGCUGGAAUGGGCGGCGUUCGAGCCCCAGGACCAGUGGCUCCCUCAGUCUAUGAAAUGGCUGCUCUGACGCAAGACCUCGACACCCAAGUCAUCACAACAAAAAUAAAGGAAGCUCUACUAGCCAACAAUAUUGGCCAGAAACUGUUUGGCGAGGCAGUGUUAGGGCUGUCUCAGGGCUCCGUCUCUGAGUUACUAAGUAAGCCCAAGCCGUGGCACAUGCUCAGCAUCAAGGGCCGAGAACCAUUCAUCCGCAUGCAGCUCUGGCUCAACGACUCCCGCAACUUAGAGAAACUUCAGCAACUCAAGAACGAGCGACGAGAGGCCAACAAGCGACGGCGUGCCCUCGAUCCUACUGUUGAAGUAUCUCAGGACUCGCAGGAUGUGUUCCAGGCUCCUUCUCCCGGAGGUUCGUCAAAGAAACAGCGCGUGCUAUUCUCAGAAGAACAGAAGGAGGCUCUCCGACUGGCCUUUGCGCUUGAUCCAUACCCAAACUUAGCCACCAUAGAAUUUUUGGCCCAGGAGCUUCAACUGUCGACCCGUACUAUCACUAACUGGUUCCACAACCACCGUAUGCGGCUCAAACAGCAUCCGGGUAGUCCCGGAGACAGCUCACCUUCACGUGAAUCUCAACAGCCUCCUCCAGGCCAGCCUCAAGGGCAGUCCUUUGAUCCACUUCACUUCCGUCUUCUUCUCUCUCAGCGAUUGAUGGAACUGAGGAGGGAGAAAGGUCUGCCACCUACCAUGCCAGGUCUGGGACCUGGUCUGCAUCCGGGUCUUUUUCCACACUUCCCACAUCUGGGUCCACACGGUCUAGGCAGCCAACCACUUGACCGAGAUAUCAGCGGUGGUCUUGAUCUAUCCAUGAAAACAGAGACUGACUAUGAUGAUUCAUCGCUGGUAGAUGAAGACUCCAAUAUGUCCGGUGGCAUGAGUCCAAGCGGCGGCGGACGAUCUGAGGGAGAGGGAGAGGACCGUGAUGGGCGUGGAGCCCCUUCACCAGUCUCUCGGUCCUCCCGUAGGAAGCCCGCUGCACCUCAGUGGGUCAAUCCUUCGUGGGCGUCUGGUGAGGGAGGUAAGGAACGAGAAGUGAUUAUUAACGGAGUGUGUGUCAUGCAAACAGAUGACUACCGUUUGCGAGAACAGGAGACAGUGCGUAUUGAACCAACCCCAGUGGAUGAGGCUCGGGCCCGGUCACUGAAGGAAGAAGGGGAGGAGGAAACAGAGGAAGAACAGCAACAACAGCAGCAACCAGCCUCCACCGUCUCCUCUUCCCCGCUGCCAACGACCAUGGAGACAGAGCAGGAAACGUUGCAAGAAGAAACCUCCACGGUGCAAGAAGAUCCCACGCCAAGUCAGGAGACCAUCAAGCAAGAGGCUGAAGUAGAAGAGGAAGAAGAGGCGUGAUGCUAGCAUCGGCCUAAAGCGACGCUUUUGGAUUCCAGAGUUUAUCCCGUUGUUCUUAGCGUGUUGUUGUUCGUGCAUUAUACCAAAUGUUUCGUCCCGUCGGCAAGUGAUGAGCUUCGCAAAGUCGGACGAUGAUGCCAAGGUGUUGUAUCGCCGGAGAGCCUUGAGGAAUCUCUUAGGCACAUUGUGGGCCUUUAAAAUCACAAUUUAGACUCUCAAGUCAUAAGUCCUACAAAAUGUCAACCUCUGUUAUUUUAUUAUAAAAUGUUCGUGUGUUUUACUUGUUAACUUGUCUAAAGAUUUGUAUAUAUAUUUCCCAAGUUUUUGAUCAAGCUCCCCUUAGGUUAGGUGACUUCAGGUGUUUAGAAUGCCAUAAUGCUGAACUGUUCUAUGCUUGUUGCCAACGUGACAGUGGUGGUAACUCCGACCUCUGUACAGUGUUUAGUGUGCACGGAACUUACCACGACCCCUUGUCAAAGGGCGUCUUACAAGACGAGUGUUUCGUACCAGUGAAAUGGUCGAAUCCUGUUUAUUAAAAAAAGUGUAUGCCCCCUGUGAGAUAAUGAUAUAUUCCGGUGAUCCCUUCAUUGAACAAAUAGUACAGAGUAGAACCAAAUAGUAACCCUGUUCCCCCUCCCCCCGAGUGAGACUACCAAGUUACAGUGAAACAUAAUGUAAACAAAUUCAAACUAUGACCUGGGUACAGGUUAACCUCUCUCUGUGUCCCAGAAACCAGACGCUCGAGACUCUUAGUUCUAGUCUUAUUAUUUCUCAACUAAUUUCACAUUUUCAUCGUUCAGUGAACAAUGCGUAUAUGAAAUAUCCAUCUAGUCCAUGGAUUCAGCAUUGGUUAUUCAAGAUUUCAUGAUCUCUCGUAGCCCUUCACAGUGUGUUCAAAGAGGAGAACUCUUCUAUGCUAGCUUCCAGAGUGCAAAGAGACCAUUGUAAAUGUCUAAGAAACAAGAAACUAUACUAAUAGAAACCGAUUCUGGGACUACACAGCCGAUCAUCUACCAAGUGAAUUAAAAAGCAACGAAGAAAAUAAAAGAUGGGAAGAAUUAUAAUACUUCGAGUGUUCACCUAACAAAAAAAUCACACAAGAGCGUGCGAACGGUGAAACAAACAAAAGGUUUAAAGGACACUCUCAGUGAAGAACAAAUGACAAAAGCAUGGCUGGAACAAUUCAUUACCAACCCACACAGUGCAAACAGAAGCUAGACGAUGUUUCGGGUCCGUCCUGGGUCAUUAAGAAGGCUAGUUACCAUUUCUAGUGUGUGCGUUAGUUAUGAAGAGCACUGAAUGAUGAUGGGCAUGACACUAUCUUGCGCCCGUGGAGGUUCUUGGGGCCAGGAAAGAGGAAAAUUAUGGGCAUUAUUGAUCCCACAUCACCCGCGUGUCCAUGAGUGGAGUGAGGGACAGAGGCUGCACCGCUACUCUUGUUAUUGGUUAUAGGAUUUAAGAAUGAGUGGUAGUGGAAACUUGUACAACACUGACAAUGACUUUUUAACAUGCAUUACAUUAAGAUUAUUUUAAAUGUUUGAUUUUUUUCAGCGGAAAUCAUCAGUGUCGCCAGCACAAAGAGGGUUCAAGUUGUCACAGUAACUUAUACACACAAUGAAAAGGAACUCGUUAGUCUUACUAAUGCACCAUAAAAUAUUCAACAUGUCAUCAAUUUGACCAUUACACUAACGAUAUCUCGAUUAUCGCGCGUCGUAUGUUAAACCGGAACCGGAACUUUAAAUACCACCAAACGUAGAUUAUUUUUUAUCAAAUUAAGUUAUACAGUAUCUCCAUUUUUAAUUGGUAAUAUAAUAUAGGCGUUUUUCUAAGAAAAAUUAGUAUUUCUUAACUACAGAAAGAGAAAUACAAAAUAAGCAAAAGAAUUAUUACUCUUGUAGUUCCCAGUUGAAAUUUUUCAACUUUAAAAAGUGUUACAUGAAAUGUUCAGUUUGCUAGACUUAAAGCCUAUCGACCGUACGAGGAUCCUUAAAAAACCAGUAAUACACAAAGCAUAUAAGACUGAAUCAGAGCGAGAGUUUGCACCUGUGGACUCGGUACGAUUUCUGGGUUUGAAAUCUAAUAUCCGUCGUGCAGGGGUAAUGUGUUCGCCUCAGUUUAUGGAAAUCCCCACGCUAAUGUCAACACCUUUUCUCCAGCGAGGAAGAUCAAACUCCUUUCUAAUACCCUCCUACCAUAACAUCACCAUUAGACCUGACUUAUCCUAAACAUUUCCUAACAGUAAACUUAGUUUAUCUCAAUACCAUUUGAACCUUAUACCAUUUAUUUUCACCUUCUAGUGGCCUUGAGUUGUCCUAGAAUUCUUACCCAGGAAGAGACUUAACUUUUUUUUUUUUUUUUUUUUUUUUUUCAAAAAAAUAAUUACCCAAAAGAACACCUGAUUUUCUCCAACACUUAUCAAAACAACGUUCGUGACUUUUCCCACCGCUCUUACCUUUAUCCCCACACCCUAAAACCAGCCAUGUACCAACAAAGGCUUGAUUAAAAAACCCCCCAGAGCAGACUAGGACCUGACUUUCCGCCCUACAUGGCUCUGGGUGACGGAACACAGACUAUUGUAGUGGUCCAAGAGUGACAUUUGAGUUGCUCUUUCUCGCCAAACGAUUUGUUCAAAUUUUCCAUGUGACCGAUAAUGGUAAUGGUGAAUGUUCCGGAGAAUGUUUCACGGAAUGUGUGUAUGUGUGUGUGUGUGUGUGUGUGUGCGCGCGCACGUGCUUGCGUGCAUCUGAUACUCACCAGUAUCUCAAAAAUAAAACGUGAAUCCAAAAGGAAGAGAACAAUUAUCAUUAUUUUUAUUACGAGAUCUGAUUUUUUCCCUGUGAACAAUGAAGGGUUUCUGUUGCGGUGUUUGCAAUACCUGUGUUCGUCCUCCCCUUGCAGGAAGACAGGAAUUACAUGAGCGACUCAAUAGGACCUUCAUUAACGAAAGAUGAGCAUCCGCCCCUUGAUCCACACUCCAUAUUUUCUGAAGCUGAUGUAAAUCCCACGUAAAAAAAAGGGACCAGAUUUACUGCACUACGGAGGGAAAAUGCAUUUUUUUUUUUUACAUUUGUGGAAGUGUGUAUGAUUGUGAAUUUAUCUGUUGUAUAAGAGUGGAAUGAGGGAUGAAGUGGUGGUGCAUCUGGGAGAGGUGGUGGUAAUGUAGGGGGGAGAGUGGUGGUGAAAGAACAAAUGUUGAUAGAGGAAGAAAAGUGGUGAUAAUGGUGAAAGUGUAUGAGGAAGCAGUGGUGGAGGCAAUGAUAGAGACAGGAGUGAUGGUAGAAGGUAGACAGACAGGUACAUGAUAGAUAGAGUAGGAGGCCCGCUGCUGGUGGUGAUCAAGAGACACUAAUCUAAUUUGCUGUGCCACCUCCAUUCUAUAUUUAUGGAUGCGGCAACAAGCCUGUGCAAGUCAUUUCCGCUUUCCAUUAGUCGGUGGAAAUAAGGGAAAUGCUGAGUGAUGGACCCCUGACCGGAAUAAUGAGCUGAUUCAGAUUUUGAUUUGCAAUUUGCUCUGUUUUGCAUAUGUUUCUUUUCGUAAUAUCGUGCAAGUGAUAUCACAGGUGGAAGAGGUUGCCAACUGACAAGUUGAUGGAGAGACAUAAGAUAUCCUAAGCUUUUAUUAUAACUACGUUUCGCCCAAGCAAAACGCUAUAAUAACGGCUUUUGCCGCUCUACGUCUCUCGUUAUCGAAGUGAUAUCGUAUGGUCUGUUAGCAGACAAGAUGGCGAGUUCCCUUUACGUGUGUGUGUAUAUAGGAAUUACCUUUGAUUGUUUGGCCUAUAAAUUCGAGUUAUUUCCGGCAAUGGUGAAUUAUAUUUGUCUCUGAAAUUGUCUAAAGACAAAUCAAGUACAAUGUUCCAGGUGGAUGAUGUUCGAGGUAAAAAAUAUAUUUUAUAUUUAUAUUCGUUAAGUUGUCUUUGCUUGAACGUUUAGCGGUGAGUGACAGCUGAGUCAUGAGAAACAGCUGGGUCAUGAGUGACAGGAGUAGGUUAUGGUCACAAGUUACGGUCUCAGUGUGGUGACGUAUAUGGGACGUCACGGUAUUUACAGGUUACGUUGUGGCGACGUCACGGUGACGUCACAAUGGUCACAAGGUUAUUACGGUCAGUGCUCGUAAAACUAUUAAUAAUUUACUGCUGUUGCAUGAUAUGUAUGAAUAACAUAUUCUCAGUCAUUUUAAUUAUUCUUAUCCGUUGAUUAUUUAUAUAUAAUAUUACCUUUAUAGGUGACUCUCUCUCACUUUCUUUCUCUCUCUCUCUCGUGUAAACUGUUAACCUGUAAAUAGAUUACCUGUGAAGGACAAGAGACAAAAUGAACGUCCUGAGAACAACCUCGGGACGGGAGGAGAGACAAAUCAUCAGGGCUUUCCAUUUAUAAAUGUAACUCGUUAUAGAGUGUAAGAUGUCCAAGGUAGUGAUGGAGUAGUGAUAUAGGCCUCCAGACUGCCUAAACUAUUUAGCUUCCCCCCCCACCUUACCCCUAUCACCGCACCUGCAGAAGUGUGCAAAAAAUCAAUCUUUCGUCGAAACAGAUGAUAUAAAUUACGUAGCAGGUUUUCACUGUUUUUUUGUCACAUUUGAGGUAUACUGCCUGUUGUUGGAAGAGAGAGCGGAUAUCAUCUGUGGAGCCGCUGAUCCCAUUACAAAAGAACACACUCUUGACCUCAUGUUCUGGCGUGUUGCGUGGAUGUUAAACCAACCAGGGAUGGAAACGAUAUCACCAGUAGCAUCACGCCAACCAUUUGGGCUCCGAUAUAUAUUUAUGUAGUAGCAUGUUCACUCACGGGAUGAGUGACGAUGCCCAGAACUAUCUACAUGGUGAUAUGUUCACUCACGGGAUGAGUGACGAUGCCCAGAACUAUAUACAUGGUGAUAUGUUCAGUGUUCACUCACAGGAUGAGUGGCGAACAAUAAACUCUUCCCUCGUUUUAGAGCUCUAAGAGUCACAAAUCGGAAGUCGGGCGAGCCAGGGCAGAAGCCAUGUUCCUUUUCUCUCUCUCUCUCUCUCUCUCUCUCUCUCUCUCUCACACACACACACACACACAUCUUCUGAUUGGUGUGCAGUAUGCUUAGUAAGUCACUGACAAUUAAUCCAAUUAAAAACCUUAUUCAUUAAUUCUCUUACCGAUAAUCCUGGUUUCAUUAAAUGUUUUGUCACUGAUGAAAACAGUUCCGAGCUCAUGGACGCAUUUCGACUCCAUUAAUGCAUUCAUAAAGAAAUACAAAUCACAGUACCAUGGCUGGAACAAUGCACAACUAAGCCACAAAUUGAAAAUGAGAAGUGGACGACGUUUCGGUCCGUAACGUGAACCGGUUUACAUUUCUGGUUUGUGGAUUAUUUGGGAGAAGCUACAGUAAUUAAUUUAAAAAAUGAGUAAUUAACGCCUUUCGUGACUCUGAAUAAGCAGAUUUAUGUGCACCUGGAGAAGCCCUGGCAUGAGAGUACGACCAGUGUCUCCCGUGUGCGCUAACAGACUCAAGCAUACUUAACCUUCCAUUUCGGUGACUUCAAUGUAAAGAAUAAGUAAUAGGGAGAGAAAAAAUGGCAGCGUAUCUUUGAGACUUAGCUUCUGUGUACGUAAUUUUGCCUAAGAUAAUUAUUUCUCCAUGAUCCCAACUUGGUUGUGUUGACAUGAAAUGUGUGUGUAUAUAUAUAUAUAUAUAUAUAUAUAUAUAUAUUGGAGCAUUGAGGAUUGAUCUGGUGAUCUUGCUGACUAUACCCAUGUUAUUUUACUUUUCGGGUGUACUAUAUCUUUAUAAAUAGGUCAGGAUUACAAAGCAGCCAAUAAUAUUUAAGGUACGUUGUGUGACAGGUGUAACCAAAGACACCUGUAAGGUACAAUGCACGAGUGUCUCACUGCAUCGUUGUGGGCCUCAAGCAGUCGACCAGGUUGUAUCUUAUUCAAGUUGGUGAAUGAUACAUGAAGUCCGGUGACCAGAUGCCAGGUAAGAAGCAGGUGUUCGCGAUUUCCGGUGGCCAUCUGUCAGGUAAAAAGGACUGCAGCCACCUGCCUUUUCAGAGAUGUGUGAGUCUGUGUGUACUCUUUAGAAAUGCUCGGCUGCUACAGAGUACCUUACGAUCCACUCCCAGCCAGACGGCAAGUUGAAGGAACAAACGCGCAGUUUGCAACUUUUCAACAAUAACAGAAUGGAAAACAUUUUUAACAGAGACAAUCAAUUAUUUCCAAUCCCGUUUUCACACCAUCUGCCCUCAUGGCUAUAAUUAUAUAAAAAAAUAAUAGUUGAGAGGUAGUGUUAUCUGAAGAGGCAUGUGAUUUGAUAUUUGGUCAAUGAUGACUCGAGUUCACUAAUUUCCACUAAAGAGAACACGAACUUCGAGAUCCAAGUAAUCAAAUUUCAAAAUCAUUUUCCUCUUUAACAAACCUUUACAGAUCUCCAGACCUGUAGCUGACGCACUGAUCGC